AUGAUUGAAGACGCGCUCCUUGCUGCUCUUCAGCAGUUUUUCUCGCCCGAGGGUCUUGGUGUUGUAAUUGCACUGGCCUUGAGUGCAAUCCUUGGAAGACUCACUAUUUUCGCACGCGAAGACAAGAAUGACAUAUCCAGUCUCCCUCUUGUCAACGGCAAGAAAUGGUGGCAGUUGACGGCCAAGGAGCAGCGAAAAACGUUUUGCAACCAUGCCAAGGAGAUUCUUGAUCAUGCGCUUCUCAAUGUUGGUGACAAGUUCCGUGUGCAAACUGAGAAUGGCGUUGAGCUUCUCCUCUCUGCCGACUAUGCCAGUGGAAUUAAGGACGACGAGGCGCUUGACUUUGGCAAGCACGUGGAGGAGGACAUGCACACCAGUCUGGAUGGUUUUGCUCCUUUUCGCCAAGGACAAACCCGUGACAGGAUCUUUCACGAUGCUGUUAAGAUCAACCUCAUCCAGGAUAUCGCAAACCAUGCGCUGCAAAAGCACUUUACCAAUAAAGCAAAAUGGCACGAGAUUCCGCUCAAGAUUCUCGCUUUCAAGAUCGUCUCCCAACUGUCUUCCCGAGUCUUCCUCGGCGAAGAGCUCUGUCGCAAUGAUGACUGGCUUCAGGUCACGGUCGACUACACCAGGGACUCAAUGCAGGCCGCGCAAGACCUACGCUUAUGGCCCAAGUUCCUGCGUCCGCUUGCCUACUGGUAUAUGCCCCGGUGCCGAGCCAUCAGACAAGAGCUACAGACGUCUUUCAACAUUGUCGAUCCGGUCCUCCAAAAUCGCCGCCGCGAGAAAGAGAAGCGGGUGAAACAGGGUCUCGAACCCGUUCGCCACCUCGAUGCGAUGCAGUGGAUGGAGGACGCGGCCAACGGCCGUCCCUAUGACGCCACCGUUGCCCAGAUUAUGAUGGCCAUCGCCGCCAACUUUUCGGGGUCAGACUCGUUGAGCACGCUCAUGAUCUAUCUCUGCCAGGACCCCCAGCUGGUCGCGGACAUGCGCAAGGAGGUCAUUACCGUCUUGUCCGAGAACAAGUGGAGCAAGUCUACCCUUUACAAGCUGCGUCUUAUGGACAGUGUGCUUAAAGAGAGUCAGCGCAUGAAACCCGCAGCCAUUGCUGUCAUGCGUCGUAUCGCGCUAAAGGACACAAAGUUACAAGACGGUACCAAGAUCCCCAAAGGCACUAAGCUCAUGGUAUCCACCUCGAAGUCUUGGGAUGCAGGCAAGUACCCCAACCCAGAGAAGUUUGACGGCUACCGCUUCCUGCGCAUGCGUGAGGAGCAAGGGCUCGAGACGGCACAAUUCGUGUCGACGACACCGGAUGCCCUGGGCUUCGGCAUGGGCAAGCAUGCGUGCCCGGGCCGUUUCUUCGCCGCCAACGAGCUCAAGAUCGCCCUCAGCCACAUCCUUCUGAAGUACGACUUCAAGCUGGCUCCGGGCGCUCCCACGGAUCCUACGUUCCAGGCUUUGUACUGGUCGGCUAACGACAAUGCACGAAUUAUGAUUCGACGCCGCAAGGAGGAGAUUGAGCUGUAG